AUGUCAUCUACAGCGAGUUCUCCCACACUAUCAAACGCAUCCCUAGACCUCGAUUCAGGUCGUAAUCCGGACCGCGACACCGAAACAAGCGGUGUCUCCCUCUCCUCCUGCCCUCCGAUCUUCGUCCUACCCACACACCUGAGCCUCGAUGCACUGCACCAAGCUGAAGAGACGCUCGUUGAGCUUGGCGCACACCUUACCUAUGAUGUUUCCGAGGCUACACUUGUACUUGGGCGCGUGGGGCAGAAGAAGCGCGCGGCGCUGGAGUUGAGGUCGAGGGGGGUGUGGACGGAUGAAGAAGAGGAAGGUGAUCUUCGGCAACCGCCAACGCCAGAGCCGGAGAUUCGGUCGGUGGUAAAGAAGAGAAGGAUUGAUAAGCACGGUGCCAGUGCUAGAAUUCUGGUUGAGGAGGAGGUUUCUCUGAAUACCGAGGAUGAGAGCGGGGAGGAUGGCGUUCGGGAGCCAGCUGCGCGGUUGAAGAGGCCGCAGAUGUCUGUCCCGGUUCCCGAGUCGCACUCGAGUACGGUAUCGGCUCUGAAAGACUGUGCCCAGGAGGGCGCGGUGCGAGUCGCUCGACUAGACUGGCUGACUCAGUGUGUCGAAACGCAGAGUAUCCUCCCAAUCGACCCAUUCGUUGUAUAUCGGGGCCGGAAAGUUGAGAAACCUGCCACGAAGCGUGACAGGGACACGGCAAACUCGCAGGCUAUACUGGACCGCGCGAAACAAGACGCCGCGUUCAAGGUUCCGUUGCCACCCGUUUCUGUUUCCAGACACAGACAUGGCGACGGCGGCCUUACGGCGAGUCAUCGACCUCCAAAGCUCUACCGUCAAACAACAUCUGAGAACGAAGAAGCCGAGGAUCUUCCUCCCCCACCGGACUGGGUCCGCGACAACAUCGUCUACGCCUGUAUGCGCUCGUCCUUUCUCAACUCGCCAAACGAGGAAUUCAUCAACCAGCUCAUGAAGAUCCGCACAAUCCGCGAGCUGAACCUCGACGAAAUCGGAGUCAGGGCAUACAGCACUGCUAUCGCCGCGAUAGCAGCGUACCCGCAUGAAAUCCGCCGUGGAUCGCAGAUACUCGCGCUACCGGGCUGCGAUCAUAAGAUCGCCAACCUCUUCAGAGAGUUCAAAGCCAGCGAGUCCGGGACUCUCUCCGACGCCUCAGCCCUAGAUACAGAUCCGGACCUCAAGACCCUCAAUGAGUUCUGUGAGAUCUGGGGCGUUGGUGCCAAAACAGCGCGGGACUUUUACUACGCCCGCCAAUGGCGCGACCUCGACGAUAUCGUCGAGCACGGGUGGAACUCGCUCUCACGCGUCCAGCAAAUCGGCGUGAAAUACUACGACGAGUUCCUGCUCCCCAUUCCACGCUCCGAGGCCGAGUCCAUUGCCCGCACCGUCACGGAACACGCAAACGCCGUCCGCCCUACGGCAACCUACGACGGCCGCGGCGUCGAAUGCGUCAUUGUGGGAAGCUACCGCCGCGGAAAACAAACCUCGCACGACGUCGACCUUAUCUUGUCGCACCGCGACGAAGCCGUAACACAUAACCUGAUCGUCGAUGUUGUCGCCUCACUCGAGAAGGAAGGCUGGAUAACGCAUACACUCGCGCUCCACAUGACGACCUCGCUGAGGAGCCAGCAAACGCUACCGUACCGCGGUGAACAGGAUGACAAGAACCACUUCGACUCGCUGGACAAAGCGCUUGUUGUCUGGCAGGAUCCGACACUUCCUGCAUCUGAUCACGCAACCUCCACACAGACCGAAGACCUCAAGAUCAGGAACGAGAAUCCGCACCGCCGCGUCGAUAUCAUCAUCGCCCCCUGGCGCACAGUCGGGUGUGCGGUACUGGGCUGGUCGGGCGAUACGACCUUUGAGCGCGAUCUACGUCGGUACGCGAAGAAGUCGCGCGGGUGGAAGUUCGAUUCGAGUGGGGUACGCGAGCGGACGACGGGUGGGCAGGUGAUUGAUUUGGAGCAUGGCGGGGAGACGUGGCAGGAGCGGGAGAGGAUGGUGAUGGAGGGGUUGGGGGUUGGGUGGAGGCCGCCGGAGGAGCGGUGUACGCGAUAG